AUGCUUGGAGAGAAAUUGACCCUUUCUAAUAUAAAUUCUCUGAGAUCAUUUGAGGUUGUUGACAGGGUUAAAGAGGCUCUUGAGAAAGCUUGUCCUGGAGUUGUUUCUUGUGCUAAUAUCAUAAUCAUGGCUUCUAGAGAUGCUGUAGCACUGACAGGAGGACCUGAUUGGGAAGUGAAGUUAGGAAGAUUAGACAGUUUAACAGCAAGGCAAGAAGACUCAAACAAUAUCAUGCCAAGUCCAAGUAGCCUAAUACUGCACCCUGUUCAAGAAGAAUCAAAGCAGCAUAAUAAUGGAUCAAUGAAACCUGCAGUACACAUAACAUAUUUCUAA